GUGGGUGGGGGUGGGGUUGGUGGUUGGAGGGAGUGGAGAGCCUGAGAAAGGCCAGGAUGACGGGCUGGUGUGACAUUGAGCCUGGAGUGGUCAAAGCGAUCCAAUAUGGGGCCCCCAGUGCCAAGGAGAGCUGACCCCUUGAAUAUCAGUGUGAAUGUGAAAGAAGCAUGAAGUCUGCUCGUGUAGAAGCAAAGGCUGGUUCCGAAGAGCAAAGGUGGAUGCCAGAGUCCUAACCCUUGACUGGGACAGAAGAAUCCAUCUGCGGGAGACUCAUAAGUUCGUACCGUAUGUGCCCCUGGGAGGGUGAAGCUGAGCAGGGACGAAAGAUCCAGUCUGAUGCCACUUGGAGAGUAGGGGCGGGGGUCUGUGAGUUAGCAGGAAGGUUCUGGGCCAUCAUGAACUUCGGCUCCCAGAAGAGGUGCUGUGUACAGACUGGACCCAGACUGGCAUUAUGUGUGUGCCCUCUGUUAAUAACUCAGAGCCUACUCUGGAUUCCAUGGUUAGAACAAAAGUGAAAGUGAAAUAGAGGGGAGUGGAGAAUGUUUUCCCAGAAGGAUUUCACUAAUCCUGUCCUUCCCGGAACCAGCUCCAGUGAAGAGAGCUUUGCCUCUCUUUGUGACGGGCCCCAGAGAGGAGGAAGUUGUCACAGUUAAAUAGAGCCAGGCACGCCAGCUCCUUACACAUCCGUCAAGACCAUGAGACAGAACCGGACACCAGAUCCCAGGCCUUUGCCUGUCCUGCUCCUAUGUGCCCACAUAGUCUCUCACCUGGCUGGAGCCACACCUCUACCUCAGGCCACCACCGCUUUCGCUGGCUCAUCUGGGAUCACAAAGGACCCCUGCCCCUCCGGGCUCCCAACAGCUAAGCAGUGCCCAGCAAUGGAGGUGACCUGGCCGGAACUGGAAGUCCCACUGAAUGGAAUGCUGACCUUGUCCUGUACCGCCUGUAGCCGCUUCCCCCACUUUAGCAUCCUGUACUGGCUGGGCAAUGGUUCUUUCAUCGAACACCUCCCAGGUCGGCUGAGGGAGGGCAGCAUCAGUCGGGAGCGCCGGGGCCCACGCACUCAGCUGCAGACGACCCUCAUGCUAGAGGAGCUGAGCCCCACUCUGCGCAAUACCAACUUCUCCUGUGUUUUUGCCGAUCCUGAGCAGACUGCCCAGCGUCACAUCGUCGUGGCCCAGCUCUGGGCUGGGCCGAGGACAGUUGCGCCCUGCACUCAAGAAACCUCAUCCUCCAGCGGGUCCCCUCUGCCUCACCAUCAAGACAGGUGAACUCCAGAACCUGGAUGAGCAUCAUUACCUGAGCUGUCCUUGCAGCUCAGGCCUUCUUCUGCAUCGACUUAAUAUUGUAUUCUUUCUUUUUUCCCUUUAAUGGACUGUCCCAGGGAAGGGUGGGGGUAGAUGCUGUUUCUGAUCCACAGCUGCCUGGGUCCACAAUGGGUACUCAUAAAUGAUUUUUCAGUGGA